AUGGCUAAGGUGGCGGUAGGUGUCUCCGACAUCAAAGAGCGGACAGCCACGUCCACCUUCGUCUACCUGGUGGUGGAAACCGUGGGACACAAGCCCUACUUCCAGAAGGAGGCCCAGCUGUUGGUCAACGAGAGCCCCGGUUACAUCUUCAUCCAGACAGACAAGCCCAUCUACACACCGGAUCAAGCAGUGUACACCAGAGUGAUGACUCUCAAUGAACACUUCCGCCCAGUCAGCUGGCCUGUGCAGUUGGAUAUUCAGAACCCUGACGGGAUGACCAUCAGUCGCAAGGUUAUCGACAGCACAAACAUGCUGGCUAAUGACAUCAUCAAAAUCCCAGAAAACCCCGUGUAUGGCAACUGGACUGUGACAGCAAAGUUCACCAACGGGGUCAGUUAUGUUUUAUAUGCAAAUGUAUUAAAAAGUUCACGAACAUUUGUCAUCAUGUAUAUUUUGUUGCCAGUAUUUUCAGUGAGUUUUCACAUUCCAGAGGAGAAGAAGGUGGUUUUACUGAGCCAGACGCUCUUCAAUCUAGCCAUCGGUGCAAAGUAUACAUACGGGAAACCAGUCAAAGGUCACGUGUCAGUGACCUUCGGCCUUCUUUGGCACGGGCACGUGUUUACUGUUGGCAAGAGGCGAAAUUUGCAGCUCAACGACACCGGAUUUACCGAGUGCAGCAUUAGCACUGAAGAACUGAGACUGCCCGUCCAGAGCGUCUGGUUCCCCAAUGGAGGCAAGCUUCACUUGCAGGCUUCUGUGACAGAGGCUGCUUCUGGGCGAACUGAGAAAGGUGAAGAUGUUAGCGUGGUCUUCUCGGAUCAUCUGUACGUGGUGAAGUUCACCAGAUCCUCCAAGUUCUUCAAACCUGGACUACCGUAUGUCUUAGAGAUAGACGUGUUUAAAGCAAAUGGAGAAUAUGGUUCACACCUGCCUCUGAACGUGGAGUGUAAGGCGGACACGCGAACAGUACUACCUGCUACUUACUGGACCUCUGAGCUUGGCCUGAGAACUGACGCCAGGGGCAAGCUGGCUGUUCAUUAUCACAUCCCUGGCAGUGCCAAAUCACUUCUGUUUAAGGUCACCCCAACAUUUGCUGCGAAGGAGGAGACCAGCAGCUCUGAUUACUUCAUCAGCGUGGGCCCUUUCUUCUCACCGUCAUCAGUUUAUCUUCACAUUCAUGCAGCUCUGACAGAUGUGGAGAGUCGAGGGGAGAUGCCAAAAGUUGGGGACCAAUUGACUGUAACUACAAGAUACACAAAUGCAGAUGACAUUCACACAGUCAACCUGGUGGUAAUAGCUCGGGGUCAGAUUGUCUGGCAAGUCAGUACUCGGAACAUCCAGGGAAACCUAACAACGUUCCACUUCAAGCUGACCCAAGAGAUGACACCCGGAGCUCGCAUACUUGCCUUCUCAGUGCUGGGCAAUCAGCAGGGGUCAGAGGUCGUGUCUGAUUCAGUCUGGAUAGAUGUGCUGCCUCAGUGUGAUGGUGAGGUUUCAGUACACCAUGAAGAUGACAGGAGGACCGUGUUCCGACCAGGUGACAUCGGCACCGUGACAUUCUCAGGACCACCCAACACUGUCAUUGGAGUCAUUGCUGUUGACAGCGCUGUUUAUCAUUUGAAGAACAGCACAUUAACAAGACAGUCAGUAUUUCAGCAGAUCAGAGACCAUGAUCGAGGCUGUGGGUGUGGAAGUGGUCGGGACACUGGGAAAAUAUUUCAGAAUGCUGGUCUGACUGUGUUGACAAACGCAGGUUUGGAGAUGGAAACCAAACUUGUGGAGGGAUGUUUGGACAAGGCUGUCAGAAAGAAAAGAUCCCUGGAGUCUGAGAAGCAGAUCAAGGAGGUGUGUUGCCUUGAAGGACUAAAAGUCUACAAUGCCACUUUGGCUAUGUGCUAUGAGCUGUCUCGUGUUUUGAAGAAGACCUUGAUCUCUGACCUAUGUGCCAAAGAAUUCUUUGCCUGUUGUAGGGAUACCGCUAAGGGGACAGUAACUCUGGAUGUUGCUGGAAGGUUUAAAAAAUUUGAAGACCGAGUUGCAGAAGAGCUGGAAUUAACUUUUGAAGAGGAGAUCCUGGAGACGGCCAACAUUCCUGUUAGAAGCAACUUCCCAGAAUCUUGGUGGUUUGAGGAAUACAAUCUGGGACCUGAAGGUAAAGCUGACGUGGACUUUGUACUGCCCGACUCCAUCACCACCUGGUCAAUUCAGACACUUGGUAUGUCACAGGAAACUGGACUGUGUGUGGCGCCACCUAUGGAAAUUCCCACCUUUAGUUCAUUCUUCGUUCACUUGGACUUGCCGUACAGUGCAACUAGGCUGGAGCAGGUGGAGAUAAGAGCUACUGUGUAUAACUACAUGCACAGAAAGUUAAGGGUAAAUGUGGUGCUACAAAGUAUGGAUGGCAUCUGUUACUCAGGUCAGCCUGGCCAGAAAACAGAAGCUGUCAAGUUGGAGAUUGAGCCAAACGAUGCGGCAUCAGCUUAUUUCCCUAUCAUUCCUUUGGAAAUUGGAGAUUUUCCUAUCAGGGUCAUGGCUGUGUCAUCAUGGGGAAGGGAUGCAGUUGAGAAAACACUGAGAGUAGAGGGAGAGGGUUUAGAGAAGAUCCACACAAUCUCUGUCAUGCUGGACCCGAGUGGGAAACGCUUUCUCCGGAGUGGUUCAUCCAAUCACUCAUUCUCUGUCAAAAAUGAAGUCCGGGUUGAAGAGAAACGUCAGAGCGUAGAGCUGGAUCUGAACCUGCCGCAGGAAGUCAUCCCCGACACCGACAGUUGUACAGUUCAUGCCAUGGGUGUGGCUGAACUGUUGCGUAUGCCAACUGGAUGUGGUGAACAGAAUUUGAUCUAUCUUGCCCCAAAUGUGUACGUGACAAGAUACCUCCGGUCGACCCGUCGACUGUCGGCAGUCAUUGAAAAGAAAGCAACUAUUCUUAUCAGACAGGGUGUUGCCAGACAGAUGACCUUCAGAAAACCAGAUGCAUCCUAUGCUACCUGGCCACAUGCCGACUCAAGCACCUGGCUGACCGCAUUUGCCAUGAAAACCCUGUGCCAGGCAGAACAUUACAUCACUAUAGACCACAACCAGACAUGUGAGUCCUUCCACUGGAUCGCUCAGCAGCAGAACUUAGACGGAAGCUUCAAGGAGGAAACCUGGGUCACACACAGAGAAAUGUUGGGUGGUAUCAAUGGUGACGUAUCCCAUGCUGCUUACAUCUUAACAGCUUUGCUGGAGUGUGCUUGCCAAGGGGAGAACCAGAAGGAAAUCAUUGACAGAAGUCAGGGAUAUAUAGAAGCUAACAUUGGUCAGACGGACAGGCCACUGGCGGUUGCUUUAAGUGCUUAUGCCUUGACGUUGGCAGGAAGUCCUCACAGUGACACACUGGUCAAACGCUUGAUGUCGAUGGCAAAAUCUUCCACCAGAAG